AUGGAAGACAAACUAAUAAUAGCAACUUUAGAAGUCGAUGUUGACUCCCCCAUUUUAAAUAUUAAGCAUACUUUUCCUCCUUUUGAGGUUGAAUGCACCAUCACCACCACUACCAUUUUAGAAGUUGAGGAAGCUUCAUCUAAUUUAGAAGUUGGAAUUACUUCUUCAGUGUUGGAAGUUGAGAAAACCUCAUCUGGUUUGGAAGUUGACGUUAUAUCCUAUAGCUUAUCCUAUGCUUUGGAAGUUAAUAAGACACCCACCAGCCUGGAAGUUAAAGUAAUUUCACCCAGUUUGACGUGUGCUAAAUUUGCUUUCCCUGUUUCUGCUUUUCAGUAUACUGAAACUACAUCACCUAUUUACACUUACCAACCUUCAGAAGUUACACCCCUUAAUUUUAUUCAGCAAUAUAUAGAUGUUGCUUCUCCCUCUAAUUAUCAAUAUAACCUUCAAAAAGGAGAUGUUUUUGAUGACUGGUCGUCUGUUAAUAGUACUCAAAGUGUGGAGUCAUUUAAUAGUAUAAUUAAGAAAUCAUUAAAUAGUGCUAGUAUAUUGUAUAAUGUUGAAAAAAUAAUUAAAAAAAGAUUAGAUGAUGAAUCACAAUAUAACAAAUUGAUUUUAGAAAUUGAUACAGUUAAUGAUGCCUUUAUUGAAGAUGUUAGUGAUGAAUCACAAAUAACAUUAAAAUCUCUUUUAAAUGGAGUUAAAUUGGAGCAUAAUGAUGUUAUUCGCCAUGCUACUCCCCUAAGAAAUCAGUUUGAGAUUGCAUUCUCUGUUUUUAAAACUGCAAUUAAUAUUGUCUUAGAAGUUAAGAGUGAUGAAGAAUUAAUACAAAUGUUAAAAAAUUUUAUUAUAAUAAAAUGGCAAGCUAAAGUUUCAACAAGGCAUGAUUCUAAUAAUUCAUGUAAUGAUAACACAAAAAAUGAAUUAGACAAAGUAGUUCCUUUACAACAGCAAUUAAUUAGUCAAAUAACAGAACCUAAGGUUGUUAAAAUACAUAGUGCUCCAUCUAAGAAGAAAAUAAAAAGCUUUGCAGAAGUAUUAAAGAAAAGAGCUGAUGUUCAAGAAAGUAACUAUGGUGAAACAA